GCAAACAGUUAACGACGUUCGCUCGACGCGGUCGCCCGCGCUUACCUAUCAGGUUACUCCGGACUCUUUUCUCAUCUUUCGUCGCCGCGGUGUCAAGGUACCGCCCGACGCAAUUUCAGAAAGAGCUGGCGGUGCAGCGCGGCAUACCAGAUGAGAAAACGCGAUCCCGCACACGAGAUCAUUCCACGGCCGUUGGCUGGGUGACAUUUUCUCUCCACCAAGAAGACGGUAAUCCCCGCGAUAGUCCCGGCACGUAAACGUCAUGUCGACCAAGACCGUGGUGCGGAGAACGAAAUCCGGCAGCUUCGAGUAUCGCGGCGACUCCAGAUUUCCACCGGGCGUGUACACGAUCCAUCUGCCGUCGACGUGCGAUCGUACGCUCGGAGACCGACCGAUUCAUCUGAAAAGGAGUAGCGCGUACGAAGGGAAAGAGGUCGGGAGGAUAAGGGAUAAGAGCGGCACGAGAAAAUAUCUGAUUCCCUCGAAGGAGCCUAUGGUCUAUCCGAAGAUCAUGACGAGGAAGGAGUACGAAGACCUGAAGGAACGCAGCCGCGAGAUGACGAAGGAGGAGAGGCAGACGGUCGCGGAGGCCGCGGAGAAAAAGAAGGAGAGACUGAUGAAGGAGAGCCUGGCGCGGAAAGAGGCAAUUCGCACGAUGGACAUGCAGAAGAAGGGCCGCGAGAAGGAUCCGAAAACGCGGGAGAUCGAGGAGGAAGCGAGACGAAGAACGAUGCACGUCCUCGAGCGGGCGUACAACAUGCGUCUGGAGCAAGAGGAGGAGAUACAAAAGUGCAAUCGGCUCAUCCUGGAGACCAAGUGCCGAACUAUCCGCGACGCCCAAAUCGCGGAGAAGAAGCUGAUGGAACGGGAGCUUCUCGACGAGGAGAAACGGCUGGACGACAUGAUGGAGAACGAGAGGAGAUGGGCGAUCAAGGAGGAGUCGCGGAAGGAACAGGAGGCGGCGGCCAAGGGGCUGCGAUUCGCCAAGACCCUGAAGGAGCAGAUUGUGGAGAACGAGGAGCAGCGGAUCCUCGAGUUUGAGCGGAAGCAGGAGGAGAGCCGGCUAAUCAAUUUAAAUAACAUCGCCUGGCAGCAGGACGAGAUUGAGAAGCUACGCAACAAAGAGGCGGAAAAUAUUAAGGUGCGGCAAGAACUUGCGGAAGGGAACGAACUGUUGAAACACUUCAAGGCUAUGGAACGGGAGGAAAACAGAAUUAUAGAUCUAAGGAUACAAAACUAUCAUCGACUGAAGGAGGAGAGAGAGGCUAAAAAAGCAGAAGAGCAGAAAUUAGAGAGAAUGAAAAAGGAGAGAGAAAAAACCAGUGUAGGGAUGCGAACGCUGCAAGCGCACGAGCUUCAGGCGCAAAUUGAUGAAAUCAACGCGGCUCGGGUUCAGGAAGAGGUAGAACGGGAAUGGAGACGAAAAGAGAAGGAAGAAGCUUUAAAAAAACUGGAGGCUCAGAGGAUUCUUCGAAAAGAAAGGGAGGAACAAAUAAACAAUAAGCAAAUAAUGCAAGCCAUCGAGAUCGAGCGAGAGAGGCGAGAAUUCGAGAAGAUUGCACGCGCGCAGCGAGCAGCUUUUUGUAGAGAAAAAAAGGAACUCGAGCAAAAGCAACAACAGGCUAUGAUUCAUCGUAAUGAAAUAUUAAAGCAGGUAAAUGAAAAAGAGCGAGAACGCGUUGUUGAGCGGCAAAAAAUGUUUGAAGAAGGCCUGGCAAUACGUGAUGAAACUGCGAUGCGUAAGAAAAAAUUGCAAGAUGCAAUAGAGCGAAAGUGCCAAGAAAUGAGAGAGAACAAAGUUCCCGAUAUUUAUAUUAACGAAGUGAAACGGAUGAUUAAAACUAUUCAAUGAAUUAUUUCAUCAAGCUGAGAAAUAAAAAUAAUUUAUUUAAACAAUAAGGUUUAAAUUUAGUUUUAAAAAUAACAAAUUACGUAUUUUUUCAAAUUUUUUCCUUUUUUAUGUAUAAAAGGAGCUAGCAUUUAACUACGACUAGAACUUUUUAUUUUAAUAAUUUAAUUUUGUUCUUUGUAAUCACGUUUGUAUGUAUGUACAUUAUAUAUUAUAUUGGUACCGCGGAAAGUCGUGUCGUUUUCCCAAUUAAGAGAUGUUGCCCAGAAAUCCCGGGGCUUCUACACGAGCGGGAUUAUGAAAUUAUCAAAAAAAUGACAGAAAAUCAUCGUUCAAAAUGGCCAACAUCAUAGAUUGAAUAAACACUUUUGUAUAAAUUCUUUGUGUUUCAUUUUCAGGAAAAAAACGACACAAAUUUUCCGCGGUACCUAAUAUAUUUUUCUUACAUUUUUUACAAAUAUGAACAAAUUUAUAUAAAAUUUCCCAGUAAACGAGAAUGAGAUUUAAAAAAAUUAAUUUCAACAUUCGCAAAUGUGUAUAUUAAAAAUAUUAUAUUCGUAUUAUGAAAUAGAAAAGUAUUCAUUUC